CCUCCCCGCUCCCAAGGCCGCUGGGAUUCUGGAAAAUGCCUGGAAAUGGUGAACCGCCUGCCCUUAUAUGGCUCCGGCGGGCUGGCGCGUCGCGGCCCCUCUCCCGGCGUGCCGUGCCGUGCCGCGAUCCUGGGAAAACGCCGUGGGCUGUGCCUCGCGCCCAACUCCCGCGCUGGAAUGUGCAACGGGGUUGGCGAUCCCACGGUGGGGAGAAAAUCCCACCUCCCUCCCGGCUCGGCACAACAGACCCGGCCCCUGCCUCAGUUUCCCCCACCGGGGAGUUUUGGGGAACCACCGGAGUCGAACGGGGGGGUUCGGACUCCCGGGGGAUCGCCCGUCCUCUGUGGCGGGGUUGACAGGGUCGGGGCCGUGAAGGUCACAGCUAAUCCCACCCGGAGCUGGCGGGAGCGGGAGGGCUCUGGGCGGCCGCGUGUCCACCGAGGUGAUACCGGGGGGUAAGAGGAUCAACCCCCCCGAUCACCGGCCGGGAUGACGGUGGCCGAUGGGCCGAGGAGAGUGGCCGCGGUCCCGGUGACGUGAGAACCGGCGCCGUAAUCCCGGUGCUCUGAGCGGAUUAGGGCGGCCGGCGGUGCCUCCGGGGACGAACUGCGGUAGCCACAAAUCCCCGCCCCGGUGUUAGGUGAGGGAGCUCCUGUCUGGUCUCCCAGUGCCACCUGGGGGUCUUCUCUUGUCCCCCCGGCAGAACGGGGUAGGGGUCGGGCACUGCCGGAAGGGAUGCUCGGGGUCGACUGUCUCUGAUGUCACUGCCUGGGUGACCCCCCCGGGGUGGAGGUGACUCUGGAACCGGGUGCCCCAUGCCUGUAGGGGUGAGGAAUUUGGGGGCUGGGAGAGCUGCUCCCCAAAUCACCCAGAUCCAGGGUGCCCAGAAGGUGCCCCAUGGCAGGUUCAGAUAUGCCAGCACCCGGGGUCCGCUGUUGUGGCACCGCUGGGGACAUACACCCGAACCCCACUUAGGAGGCACCGCGGUGGCGUUUUGGGGGGCUCCUGGUGUGCUCGGGGAAGCCCCGGCGAGGGCGGUGGCUGGAUGGCGGCCACGCGGCACGGUGGGUGUGGGGAAGCGCCGACGGGAACCGGCCGGACCGGUUGGGUGCCGGCACCGGGGGUGCUGGGGGGCUCGGGCGGCCACGCCACCCGCACAGCACGUGGCCCAGCUCAAGGUCACUGUCCCCAGGGCCACCCGCCGCGGUGACCGGGCUCAGUGGCCUCGACACUCCCACACGCUUUGCCGCUGUUUUCUGGGCGUGUUAGUGGCACUGAGCGGUUUCGGUGGCACAGGAGGAUCCCGGUGGCACCGGUGGUCCGGAAGGGCGAGCCUGCGCUGAGCUCACCUGGAAGGUGUCCCGCGGGCGCGGCGGUGACGCAUGGCCCUGAGCUGCCCUGUGCCCCACUGGUGCCAGGGGAUGCCGGGAUGCCGGUGCCUGCGUGCCCGCAGCGCCCUGCCCUGAGCCCGGAGCCUGGCUGUGCCAUGGAGGAUCCACCCAGCACCAGGACUGAGGCAUGGGCUGAGGGGCUCCAUAAUGCCAACAACAAUGCAUCACCGGGGGGGUGGCCGGGUGCCCGCAGUGGGCACCCCCUGGCAGCUUUCGGGAGUCCUGGGGCCAAGCCCAGCUACCUGGACCGCGUGGUGCAGGAGAUCGUGGAGUCAGAGCGCACCUACGCCCGUGACCUGCGCAGCAUUGUGGAGGGUUACCUGGGCAAGAUCAUCGAUGCGGAGGAGCCGGUGCUGCGACCGGAGCAGGUCAGCGCGCUCUUUGGGAACAUCGAGGACAUCUACGAGCUCAGCAGCACCCUCCUGCAAAACCUGGAGAGCUGUGCCAAUGACCCCGUGGCUGUGGCCGUGUGCUUCGUCACCCGGAGCCAGGAAUUUGCCAUCUACACCCAGUACUGCAACAACUACCCCAGCUCGGUGGCAGCACUGACUGAGUGCAUGAGGAGCAAGGUCCAGGCACGGUUCCUGCGGGAAUGCCAGGAGCGGCUGCGCCACGCGCUGCCCCUCGGGGCCUACCUGCUUAAGCCUGUCCAGAGGAUCCUCAAGUACCACCUGCUGCUCCAGGAGAUUGCCAGGCACUUUGAGCACAAGGCAGGGGACGACUACGAGCUGGUGCUGGAGGCCAUCGACACCAUGACCUGUGUGGCCUGGUACAUCAAUGACAUGAAGCGCAAGCAUGAGCAUGCCAUCCGCCAGCAGGAGAUCCAGUCGCUGCUGCUGGGCUGGAAGGGGCCGGACCUGACAAGCUAUGGGGAACUGGUGCUGGAGGGCACAUUUCGGGCACAGCGGGUGCGCCACGAACGUGCCCUCUUCCUCUUUGACAAGGCCCUGCUCAUCACCAAGCGCCGUGGUGACCACUAUGUCUACAAGAGCCACAUUCCGUGCUCCUCGCUGAUGCUGAUUGAGAGCACACGGGACUCGCUGUGCUUCAGCCUGGCACACUACAAGCAUGGCAAGCAGCAGCACAGCCUGCAGGCCAAGAGUGUGGAGGAGAAGCGUGUGUGGACUCACCACAUCAAGAGGCUCAUCCUGGAGAACCAUCACGCCACCAUCCCCCAAAAGGCUAAGGAAGCCAUCCUGGAGAUGGACCUGUUCUACCCCCCACGCCUGCCUCGCUGCAGCCCCGAGCGCCUGAAGAAGAGCUGGUCCUGCCAGCCCCUGGGUGAUGGUGCCACCGAGCCACUCCAGGGACGCCGGCAGUCUGAGCCCUUCCAGCACCAGGGGCACAUGGAGACGCUGCUGGAGCGGCUGCAGGGACAUGAGGGGCGCAGGCAAUCUGGUGUGGAGAACGGACGGGAUCAGGGGGCUCGGGGUGCUGAUGAGUUGGGGGACACGGGGGUGAUGCCACUGUCACCUUCCCUCCCCGCAGAGCCCACCAAGCACAACUUGUGGCGUCUGAGCGAGCAAGGGUUGAAGAACACCGGCAGUGAUGGGGCGCUCCUGGAAGUGGGGGAGCCACCCCAGCACCCCAGAGCCUGGGCAGUGGCUGAGGGCAUGGUGGCAGAGGAAGAGGAGGAGGAGGAGGAGGAACCUUUGGGCAAGGACUGCCAGGAAGAGCUGCCGGGUGCCGGGGAUCUGCUGCUGGAGCCCCAGGAGGAGCAGGCCAGGGGACCCCCAUGGGUUCUGGAGGGACCCAAGAGGCCGAGCAGCUGGGGGCCAGGGAGCUGUGAGAAGGUCAGUGCGACCCCCCGGCCCUCACCCGGCGGUGCCCAGGGAUCCAGCACCCACCCCCCUAACAGCAGUGCUGGGGAGCACCCCAAGGUCCCCAAAUCCCCAUCCCUGGAGGGGACCCUGGCGCUGCCCAGUGGGGACGGGGAACCGGAGCGCGUUGCGGAGGAUUUGCAGGUGCUGAGCAGCGAGGAGGAGGAGGAGGAAGAGGAGGAAGGGGACGGUGCCGCCAGCAUCCUGCCACCCUCAGUGCUGGACCAGGCCAGUGUCAUUGCUGAGCGAUUUGGCGGCGGCAGCAGCUUGUCCCGAAGGAGCAGCCUGGCGCUGGAGGGGCCCCUGGGACGCACCCCCAGCCAUGGUGGCAGCACCCUCAGCCUGGACGGGGGCCCCCUGCUCGAAUCUGGGGAGCCUGGGGAGUCCCGCAGUGCCAUCCCCUCACCUGAACCCUUCAUCAAAGCCCGCCGGGAAUCGCUGCUCUCCAACCGGGACCGCUUGCUCCUUGACAAGAUCAAGAGCUACUAUGGCCAUGCCGAGAAUCGUGAUGCCAGUUUCGGGGUGCGCCGUCGCGAGAGCCUCUCCUUCAUCCCCAAGGGGCUGGUGCGGAGCUCUGUGUGCCGCCUCAAUGGGCUCCCAGGGCCCCCCGAGAGCCCUGAGCCCCCCACCCAGCCCGAGGCACCAGAGCCAUGCCAGGAGAACGGGACACAGCCCCCUGAGCCGCUGCUCAUUGUAGAGGAAGAUGAUGUGGGCACCACGGCAUCACCCCCGGGGCCACCCCCGCAGCUGCUGCUGACACCCCCUCACCUGGGCACCAAGGUGUACCAGCUGGCACGGCAGUACAGCCUCCGCAUCAAGAGCCGCCGCGCUGGCACCCGCCGCCCCCCGCUGCCGUCGCAGGAGGAUGGGGACCCUCCUCCCAGCACCCCAUUGCUGGCUGUGCCACAGGACGAGGCGCCGGUGGCGUCCCCGUCCCCACGUGCCCCCCGCAGCCCCUCGAGCCCCGUGGGCACUGAGCCCUUCGCCUGGCCCGAUGUGCAGGAGCUCCGUGCCCGUUUCGGUGCUCCGCGGCCGCCGCCAGUGAGCCGAAGCCGCUCGGCGCCCGAGGGUCCCGGCCGCGGUGGGCGCCCGGCCGGGAAGGAGCGAGGCAGCGGCCGGAGCCGCAGCGCCGAGGCCACCGGGGGCUCUGACACCCCAAACCCGGCGCCAGCGCGGUACAGCAGUGACGGGGCGCUCUGGGUGGCAGCCGAAGCCCCUCUGGGCCCCGGGCAGCGGGUGCUGGUGCUGGAGCGGCUGCCGGAGCCCCAGGCCUACGUGCAGAUCCGCUCGCCCACCACACGGGAGAAGAUCUGCCUGAAGGCGGUGGUGGAGCGCUGCAAAGCCUACCAGGCAUCCGAGGAAUACCGUCGGCGCUGCCCCGAGCCCCCCGGCAGCCCCGAGCCGCUGCGCCACGGCCUCGUCAGGGACCUGCGGCAGAAGUUUCAGACGCUCGACGCUGCCAGCUAGGGGCAGGGACGGGUAGAAGGGGUGUCCUGUGGACCCCCAGCCUUCCUGGGAGAAGGUGCACCACAUGGACCUCGAGUCUAGUUGGAAGAAGGGUCACCCCAUGGAUCCUCAAACUGCCUGGUAGGAGGGGCACCAAAUGGACUUCCAACUUACCGGGAAGAAGGGGCACCCUAUGGCCCUGCAGGCUGUUUGGAAGAAGGACCCAUUUGGGAACUUUCACUCUGCCCAGGAGAAGGGGCACCCCCAUGGACUCCCAGCCCUCCUGGAAGAAGGAGCACCCCAUGGAUACCCAGCUUGUACAGGAGAAGGGGCACCCCAUGGACUCCCUGCCCACAGGAAAAGAGGCACCCCAUGGACUCCCCCAACCCACCUGGUAGAAAGAACAGCCUGGGGACUCCCUCCCUGCUCUGGAGAAGUGACAACCCCAAGAGCCCCCCGCUACAUUCACCAGAGGCCCCCGCUGCCCCGCAGGCACCCGGCACUGCACCCUGCUCGCUUUCACAUCUUUAUUAGAAAAAAAAACCCCAAACUGAA